AUGGAGGGUACUUUCAGCGUGCCGUAUUACGAGUGGCUCAAGCCACGGUCGUCGUCGUCAUCGCCGCCACCGUCACCAUCCUCCUCCUCGUCGACGUCUUCGACGACGCUCUCAACGCCAUCGAUGGACAAAUUAGCCGCCGUUGAUGGCCAUGAUGAGCGCCACACCAUGACGUGCUUGCCGCUUCUUGGUAGGCUUGAAGGGAGGGCAACGACUCCUGAUCGUGGCCAUAAUCCUAUCAAAGAGGAGCUGAGCAUCGGCACGCGGGAAAAAGAGGCCGCCGGUGUUGACCUGAACAUCGGCUUGCCGGCGACUGGGGGCGGUAGUUCUGAAGAGGCGCCCAUGGACGAGGAAGACGACGAUGAGGAGGAGGAGGAUUUCGAGGAGGAAGAGGACGACGACAAAGCAGGGAGGCAUGAGAAGUGCAAGGUGGAAGAAGAAGCGGGCGGCGGAGAGCCACAGCACGGUGAGAUGGUGAUGGAGUCCGUUGUUGAGAGAUCCGAUUACCUGCGUGUGGGUGGGGAGGAGGGCAUCAAGGGCUUCAUCGGCAGCCGCGGCCGGCGGUACUGGAUCCCGACUCCGGCGCAGAUACUCGUCGGCCCAGUGCAGUUCAUCUGUCAUGUCUGCAGCAAGACAUUCAACAGAUACAACAACAUGCAGCUGCCGUGCUACUGCUGCGCGGCCGGGUGCCGCAACAACGUGGCGCACCCGCGCGCGCGCCCGCUCAAGGACUUCCGCACGCUGCAGACGCACUACAAGCGCAAGCACGGCGACAAGCACUUCGGCUGCCGCCGCUGCGGCAAGCCCUUCGCCGUCAAGGGCGACUGGCGCACGCACGAGAAGAACUGCGGCAAGCGCUGGUUCUGCGCCUGCGGCUCCGACUUCAAGCACAAGCGCUCCCUCAACGACCACGUCCGAUCCUUCGGCGGCGGCCACUUCUCCGUCACGCCCGACCAGCAGGCGGCCACCGCCACGGCCGUGCCGCCGCCGCUGCUGAUGAAGCCCAAGGAGCGGAUCAUACGCUUCGAUCAGGGAGCGGCGCCAUGGAAUGGAGCCCACGCCCAUGCAUGA